AUGGCUGGUGACCCAAGUCAAAACGUUCAUGGGGACUUGCUCCCACAUGUGCAUCUCUUGUCGACGUUUCGAUAUGCAUCGAUGCCGAGGGUUGACUUGCCCGAAGUAACGAAAUGGCUUCUGCAAGCGCCAAAGAUCGCUCGCGACACCGCGCCCUUUUACUGGACAUACCUCGAUUGCCCGCCCGACGGCUCAAUCUUCCUCACCUGGCAGCCGACUGCUCGCCGGGCCAACGAAUUUGCUAGCGACGGAUAUGUUUGGGUGGGGCCUGAGGUUUCCUACCAGCAGAGCGCGGGGAAUGGCUUGGGAUUGGAGAUUUUCUUUCAGAGGGCCGGUUACCGAAUCGGCGAGCAGUUCACCGUACACUCCAGGCGACGCUUCCGACUUUGCCCCCCGCAGGUGCCGAUGCCCAAUCUGCCCCAGGUCGACCCUAACCUCUGGAUCGUCCAUUAUGGGCCGGCCGAGAAGCCUGAUAGAAUGCCUGCCAAUGCGAUCGGCAUUCCGCCUCCGAUGCAACCGAUUCUCAGCUUCCGCCAACAUCUGUUCCAGAUGGGCCAAAUUGUCCGUAAGGAGUUUAUGCUGUCCGAUCGGGCUAUGGCCUACCCUCCGCACGCGGGCCCAGCGAUUGGCCCUACACCAAAGAGGAGGGGUGGGCAUCCCCCCGCGGGACACCAGGCUCAGAUGAUGGGUGCAGGGUAUCAGAGCAACGAAACUGCGUUUGACGACGAGGAGGACAUCUCUCGCGGCGACAUGUUCGAUCAUCUGAGCCCGCGCGAGUUGAGCAUGACCCGAUAUCAGCAAAACCACGAGUGGAUGGAGGAGAUACUAUCCUCCCCGUAUCGCAUUGGUCAGAUCGAGGCGGCGGAUCUUGGCCUGGGACGGAAAGGCGAACUUGCUUCGCUCACUGAGGGGAUUUUCGAGGCUCAGGGGGGCGAUGCGGUUUCCGCGGGACCCAAGAAACCAUACACCGGCCACCUCGGGGAAGGUCUUGCGGCCGAGUUCCGCAAGCGGGUCCAAGAGCGAAAUGAGGCCAUCGCGGCCGAGAAUGAACAACUCAAGGCGCAACACGAAGCAGUCAUGGCAAAGUUCAAGGGCAAUGCUGCGAUCAAGAAUGCGGAAAAAGACCUGCGCGGCGCCGUUGAAAGCACCGGGACUGAGAUAUGGCGGCUUGAGGGGCGGCUCGAGGACGGUGAUGAAGUUGGCAGUCAGUGGAACCAGGGCGCGUCCAAGUCGCUGGACGAGAUUGUUGCUCGUGUUGAGGAGCUGGUCAGCAAGCGUGCCGUCGUCGUCAACGACGUUCACCGCGUUCAGGACGGCGGUUAUCAGCAACCGGCGCCUGAACCAGAACUUCUGCAGCCGCAGCCUCAGGCACCGGCAGGUGCUAACCUACCAGGUGCUAUGUCCCGGCAGCCAUCCCAAGCCGGGUCUGGAGUCAUGAUCAGCGACUCAGACAUUGACAUGGGCGGCACAGCGGCCGGCCUGUUGGAUAUGCAUACCGGCUUCUCGUCUACAUCAAUCCCAAUGAACAGCUUCCCAAUCCCGCAGCCUCACCUAUCCGCCAUCCCCUCCAACGCUGCCACGCCAUCCAACCUCCACGUCCCUUCUCCUUCUCCUGCGCCUGUACCCGUCUCUCAACCCCCAGUGCAACAAGACACCCAAAUGGUUGAUGUCGAACCCCCCAAAGACGUUGCCACCGCACCCGACCAAGGCACCGGAAGCGGCGAUUGGGUCGUCGUCUCCAACGACGACACCAUCUCUCCGGCAGCUACCGCCUCGGCAACUCAACUCGCCGUUACCGCCGCCACCACGACAGCGGCAGAGAACAAGCUCGUCUCUGCGGCCGUCACACCUGGCGGCGGCGUCGGCGGUGGCAUCGCCGGUGGUCUAGACGCGGACAACAACGACUUUGGCUCGCUGGGCGACCUCGACACGGCCGGCGAUGCGCUGGCGAACUACGACCCGCCGAGCGGCGACGAGCUGAACCUGGACCUGGAGGACUCGGCGUUCGGAGACGCCUUCCACGGCGUCGAGCACGCUGGCAGCACGGGCGGCUACACUCUUGCUGGGAGAGGGCUUGUAGUACACCUAUUUUCUGCUCGCUGCGCUUGGAUGGAUGAGCGGUAG